AUGGUGGAGACUGGAUUAGAUCUUCCAAUAAAGCAAAAUACUGAUGGAGAUGUGGUGUCAAAGGAAGACAAUGAAUGGACAGAGGAAGAAAAGAAGAAGGUUGAACUCAAUGCCAAGGCAAUCAACCUAAUGUACUGUGCUAUCAGUUUUGAAGAAUACAGAAAAUUUUCAAGGUGCAAAAUGGCUAAAGAAAUCUGGAACAAGCUCAAAAUCACCCAUGAAGGAACCAAGCAAGUAAGAGAGACCAGGACUGAUAUGCUGAUGAAGGAGUAUGAGAUGUUCAACAUGAAGGAGGAUGAAAGCAUCGAUCAAAUGUUCAAAAGGUUUUCAAUAAUCAUCAAUAACUUGGAUGCCAUGGGGAAAAGCUAUUCCAAAGAAACCUUGGUAAGGAAGAUCUUGAGGAGUCUUACUAAGAAGUAG